GUGAAAGUUAAUGCACAAGUUUGACAAAGAUCCAAAAUCCAGAACGAGAGAUCAAUCCAGCGUUGCAUGCAUGGCAUCAAACGGAAUCAUAAACCGGAAUGAUUCUGGUUUAGUUCUCUAUGCCAUAGUAACACUACAAUAGACAAGUCAAUCAAUUGAUCAAUCAAGAUGAUGAUGAAGGUCGGGUGCUCUUUGGCCGUGUGGCUCUCCAUCCUUAGCAACGCUGCUGCUGCCGUCACAUUCACAGAGAUUGCUAAUGGAGUAGAUGAGUUUGUCAGGGUCCGGACAGAACCUCGAUUCAAUUUUUUCAUGCUCAAUGUGGACACAGCAGCUGGAAGCUCUACCACGUGUACUGUUUCCAGCAUCAACACGGUCGACUUGAUUCUAGCCAUUCGCUACGGAAACCUUCCCGAUGCCUUUGGCACUGCGGGUACCGACUACGACUGCAUGGCCAAUGUGAAUGCUGCAACCAUUGGCAGCAAUUCGGAAACCUGUGCCGCCAGCACCACAUCCACGGCACGGGCAUUCAUCCAAGUGAUUGCCGACGAUAUUUCCACAACCGCUACCGACAAUGCCAUGGAUAUUCGGUGUGAUACCACCACGAAUGCUCCCACGCCGGCACCCGUCGAACCGGCACAACCAGCGCCCACACCAGGGGCGUGUUUUUCCAGUGACAUGACGGUACUGGUCAGAAACAAGGGACGCGUCUCAAUGAAAGAGUUACAAGUGGGAGAUCUGGUUCAGACGAUACAUCCACAAACCUUCCAACCCAUUUAUGCCAUGGCACAUGUACAAAAGGAUGCCAUCAUGGAAUACCUAGAAAUCGAAACCAUGGACGAUCAUGCUAGUACCAGCAAACUGGAGAUUUCGGGUGAUCACUUGCUGUUUGUCCAAGGAAAAGAAAACCCGGUGGCAGCCAAAUCGCUGGUUGUAGGGGAUGCUCUCAUUCGAGUUCCAGAAAUGAUAAUGAUGAAGCAGGACACCACCACCAUACCAACAACAAGCCACCAUACAGUCCAAAACACAACACUGACAAGAGCAACAACAACAACCGCCAGAGUUACCAAUAUUGAAACAGUCUAUCGGCAGGGCAUGUACGCACCCAUAACGCCCGAUGGAACAAUUGUGGUCAAUGGCAUUUUGACAUCGACCUAUGUUUCGAUUCUGGGCAACAACGAAUACAUGCAACUCCAACAGCAAUACACCAUCAUGUCGUGGCAGACAUUCAUUCAUGUCUUUUACAUGGCACCCAUUCGAUUGGCUUGUCUCCACUACAACUAUCAUGCCACGAGAGGCAUUUGUCACAACUACUUGACCGUGAUUGAUACUACUAUGAUGGACACUGGAUAUGCCAAGUUUGCGUCCGUGGGAUUCCAGUUGGCCGAAUGGGCCAAUCGGCAAAACUUAGCAGUACAAAUGCUCCUGUUGGUAUGGACCAUGGCGGUGCUUGCCCCCAUGGCACUAUGGGAACAAGUACUCGUAAGCACGAAUGUUGGCGUAACUUCUUGCUGGUGUGCUGUCGUGAUGGUUGCGACAACAAUGAUCCUUGUGAUGACGAGACGGGUCUCGUUCUCAUCAUCAUCAUCUAUAUCCAUACCCGAGAAACUGAAAAGUCAAUAAUGAAACAGAGAAGCCAAGGGCAUGCAAAGUAUUCAGCAAUGUGGGGAAGUGCAAUCAAAACGAACCAAUAGUUUUUAAAUAGAGAAAAGUUGUUUCAC